GUGAGUAUUAUGAGAAGCAUAACAGUAGUGACCCUGGAUCAACGUAGUGAAAAAAGUUCUAAUUUACCCUGAAAAGUGUGGGUUGGUUUAGAAGUGGCUGAUGAAGAGUAACCUCCAAAGUGGGAUGAAAGAAGGUCUAAAUGAGGUUUUAAGUGGUGAAUGAAGUGCCGAGCCAGGUUGAAAGGCGUUCACAAAAGAUGAAGAGAGAAAGGAUCGCGAUUCUCAGUGAGGAGGAAGCCAUUAGUCAAUGUUUCGGGUGUUCCAUGGUGUCCUAGCUAAUUGAGAGGCUGGAAAGUGUGGCUGGAAUCAAAGUUAGUUAAUUAAUGAGAAAGGGAUUGAAAAAAUUGGUGCGCGAUCCCCGUGAGUGCGGCGGUGGACGAAAAUUUCAUUGAUGUGGGGGCUGCUGGUGAGCGCGUUUUCCAAAAGGUGGUAUGAGUGAAUCUGGAAGUGUGUGAACUCGUUCACGAGCUGCCUUUACCUUCACCUAGACCUCUCUCCGGGUGGCGUACGAGAGGGGAUCCGGAUGUAUAAAAGGUGUGGACAACGAUGGCAAUGCCAUCAGAUACCGACCCAAAGCUUAACUGAACCACGGCAGUCGGUAGUCUUGAAAUAAGUCGCAAUUUUCCUUAUCCAAAAUUUCGUUUUGUUUGAAAUACAUAGCAGAAAAUCUGCUUGGGAAUACAAAGGAAUAGAAGUUUGACAGCAGUAAAAACGAGCCGAAGAGAAUCAGGAUGCGAAGCCUCGUGGUGUUAGGCCUGACAGCUCUGAUAUUCUCAUCCGCAUCCUGCCGGGAUGUGCGAGGUAGUGAGAAGAGGAUCCGCAGAUAUGGUCCAAGCAAGGAUAAGAGAGGAGUCGGUGAGUACUCGAGUCACGGGGGUGGAUCCUUCUUCACGCCAGUCAAUGCACCCGCUGUCCCCGGUGGUUAUUCCCUGGGCGGAGGAGCUGGAGGAUUGACCCUGGCUCAUUCAGGGAUCCAAGGACUCCAGUCAUUGAGCCUGGGCCAUGGAUCAGGUGGAUAUUCUUUGUCGCCACCGAGUCUUAGUUUUGGUUACGGUCUUGGAGGACACGGAGGAUCGUCCGGUCAUGGAUAUUCACUUGGAUCACCAGCCGCAGGUCACUCGGUCGGCCUCGGUUCAUCGGGUGGUCAUGCCCUGGCUCUGGGAUCACCAGGAGGCCAUGGCUUGACGUUGGGAUCAUCGGGUGGCCAUGGAUUGUUGACGCUGGGAUCGUUGACGGGGCACGGCUUGUCAUUAGGAUCCUCCGGAGGACACGGACUGAGCCUGGGCUCGUAUUCUCUGGGAGGGCACGGCGGAGGACAGGCUUCUUAUUCCCUACCGAGCAUCUCCUACGGAUCAUCAGGAUUGAUCCAAGCGACGUCAUCCAAGACGGGGCCUGUAACUUUCGGCGCACAUGGCGGCUCUGCCAGUGGAGCUGGAGCAGCCAGUUACUCGACGCCAGGUUAUUCCGCACCGGUCCAAGGACUCUCUGCUUAUGCAUCCGGGGCUCAUGGCUCCGGGUCUUCGAGCAGUUACAGCAUUCCACUUAUAAUGGCAUCGUCCCACGGAUCGGGUCAGGGGAUCUCUUUGAGCGCUCUGACUUCCGGAGGCUCCCACGGAUACGCGCUUCCAGGGGUAUCGGGGUCUGCGCAUUCUCUGGGAAGCAAUGUCAUCCUGUCCGGUGGAUCUCAUGGCAUUUCUGGGAGCUACGGUGCCCCGGCUGCUUCCCCAGCUUCGUCGCAGGGGAGCUCUUCCUCAGGGUAUUCCUCAAGCUCCGGGGCUUCGUCGGGCGGCUACUCGGUCCAGAUUCCCUCGGCUUCGUACGGCGUGCCAUCGACCCAUGGCGGAAUCUCCAGCGGAUCAUCGGACAGCUCAGCCUACUCGCUCCCCGUCUCGGCCUCGUCUUAUGCCAGCGGUGACUCGGGCUCACAUUCGGCUUACCAACCAGCCUCGUCCGAAGGAAGCUCCUACGCAUCGGCCCCCAGUUCAGCCUACUCCGGGCCAAGCUCCAGCUAUGGGUCCCCGAGCUCGAGCCACGCGAGCCCAACGGUCAUUUAUUCGCCUCCUAAUUCUCACUCCAUCUCGAGUUCCAGCUACUCCAGCCCCAGCUCCAGCCACUCGAGUCCAGGCUCCGGCUACUCCAGCCCAAGUUCCAGCUACUCGAGCCUCAGUUCCAGCUAUCCAAGUUCGAGUUCCAGCUACUCGAGUCCAACUUCGAGCCACUCCAGUCCCAGCUCCAGCUACUCCAGUCCCAGCUCCAGCUACUCCGGUUCAAGUUCCAGCUACUCAAGCCCCUCGGUAUCUUACUCUGGACCGAGUCCAAGUUACAGUUCAUCAGGAUCAUCCGGAUACUCGUCAUCGGGUCACUCAGGCCCAUCGAGUUCUUACGGUAGCCCGCCCGAGCAGCAGACUUCUUACUCCCAUCUCAGCCCACGAUUCCUAAGCUUCCCAGUGUCCAAAUCUUUCGAGAACAUCGAAUCUGUCGGUCAACCUAAAUACGACACGAUCUCGUACUCCAGUCCCGACGGCAAAUUCUAGACUCCCCAAAUCCCAUUGCUCAGUGAGCUUAUCACACUCUCUCGUCAUCAUCUCCCACUUGUCCAAGGGGAAACAAACUGAGGGAAGAUCCUGAUGACCAUCGGGAACAUCACCGAGCGAUCAGCGAACGGUCACUCGUAUAUUUAUGUCUCGUCUGUAGCCCUUAACUCUAAGUCUAGCCAUUGCUUAUUUAUGUCUUUUUAUACUAUAUUUUCUGUUUGCGAAUGGUCCAUAUGCGACGCUAAUAAUGUGAUUCCUCGUUCUGUAUAGUUCACCAUUAUUUGUAAUAAAAUGAAAAUUCCUCACGAGUUACGACAUCA